GAGCCUCGGUCUAUACUUGGGGGACAUGGGAUUCCACAGGCCAAACGUUUAGCACCGAGAUACAUAAUCUUUUCCGUCAGUCCUAUGACACUACUCCUGACGUUAUUCGGAUCCCUUGUACACUUAAGCUCCUUUGAACCGUACCUAUUCAUCUCUCUUCCUGUCCCCGACUUAACACCUUCGACAUAGCUAUAAUGGGCCCCUUCUCCAUCGUGUCCCGUCUUUUCCUCGAUUUCGGGAUCUUAUCUUGGGAUAUCCUCCUUACGCUCUCCAAUCUCGUGAGGAGGAAGCAUCGCAUCGGGCAUGUCACCCCCCAGGGCCACCCAGGCUAUGGAAAGCACUGGCCCGAGUAUAGCCCUCCCAAGGAGACCGACUCCCGCUGCUCUUGCCCUGCGCUCAAUGCGAUGGCCAACCAUGGUAUCAUCCCACGCAGCGGCCGCAACAUCUCGUUUGUCGAGGUUGGCGAUCAUAUCCGGACAACAUACAACUUCAGUCCUACCUUCUGCUCAUUUGUGCCGCGCUUUGCCGCUCGUAUGCUCAAGAAAAACUACAACAAGGACUUGUUUGAUCUGGAAGAACUUGACCUACAUAAUGGUAUUGAACACGACGGAUCCCUCUUGCGCCUCGAUUCUGCUCUCGAACAGGCGCAAUCAACGAAGCAUGUACCUUUCAUUGAAGAGUUACUUGCGGCGGCUACCGGCAGGGACAAAGAAGAUAACGCUGUCAUCACUACCAAAGAUCUCUCCAGGAUACUCGGCAAGCGACGUGCAGUCGCACGCGCAGUAAACAAGGAGUUCUCUCUCAGCUUUUUCCAUAAGAUCUUUGGAAGCACGAAUGCCGCGACCCUAGUCACCGUCUUUGGAGGCCGUGUGGACGAGCUCCAUAGCUUCCUCCAUGAAGAACGACUCCCAGGGGGCUGGGAAUCGCACAUCCGCCAACAUUAUGGAAUAACUCUGAUGCAAUUAAACAAGACUAUACUAGGAAUUGAGCUUGGCGUGUGCGAGCAGGAUUGGGCAGAGGCUGCACGGGAGGCCGCAGAACGUCAUAAGGUUUCUGUCUGAAAAUGUGUCCCGAAGCUACGUGCUUGAACGUGACGUUGGAAACUCGUCUGACGUUACUGACCUUAUCUGCUCUCACUUUAAUGUUCCUAGUCGUUUCACUCACGAUUGACAACAGAGAUCACCCGUUGCGUUGCGU